GCGGCCGGAGCGGUUUCUGAUGAUGUUUGUUGCCGCCGUUUGAGAAAAUAACAACACAGUCUUGGAUUGGCUUGGAGAAGGCUCUGUGUGGCUGACUGUAUGUAAAAGGGCAUUGAUCCAAGUUCAAUCGGUGCUCGGUGGCGAAUACGGCAGGACACAAAAAACCGGGAAUCAUCCUCCGGUACCUAGUUAGUUAGAAGAAGGUCCCCAUAUAGUAGUCGAAGGGGGUGUAGUCGGGUUUGUGUCGUUUAUUAGGAUUAGAGGACAUAUAGAUUUUUCUUCUACUUCUUCUUCUAAAGGGGAGAGGUGGUCGGUUGGCAGACAGACAAGGCCGUGUCGUUGUCUAUCAAAAAACGACCGUGCCGUGGCAAACGGGCUAAAUAAACGGGAGCUGCUUUUUUGGGUAAUGAAGAGCAUAUCGUUUGCGACUCGCGAAGGUGAAAGCAGUUACUUACGUUAGGUCCCGGGUCCAGGUUUGGGGACACAGUUUGGUCGCGGUACACGGGAAACGUCAAACAUAAAUCUGUAGCUGAGUGUCUCGAAAAUCUAUACAACUGCCAAUAGAAGAAGAAGAUAUUGGAUCGCGUGGUGCUUGGCAGGGAUUUUUCGGUUUGGAAUUGCAGGCCUAGGUCUAGUGCACGUGGUGGUUCUGUGACAUAUUGUUUGGUGGAUCGAAUCUUGGGACCUCUUCUCUAAGGCAGUAAAACCCGAUGCGGGGAGGCUAUAAAUUUCAACAUCGUGUCUUGUGGCAUCCGAAACCGGUCCUAUUAUAUUUUAUUGUACAUAUCUAUUGAGAGGAAAAAAAACCCUUGUUUGCCGUUCAAUCACCGAAGACGGGCAAAUUUCAUCGGCUGACGGCGCGUGGAUCCAAAGAAGAUUUGCAUAGAACAAACCCAGAAUGUCUACCAGCCGUUACUUAAACUGGUCCCGACCAUCACCCGGGAGGCAUCCUCUUCGCAAGCAGAUGUCUUGCUUCGAAUCUUUCUCCGGCAGCGGCAACGGCAGAAGUCUUUCGGUAAAUAACCUCGCCUCAACCGCCGAUUCCCCAUCGGGUUCGGUUCAGUUGAAUGGCGGUGUCGAUUUUGCCACUUUCGUGACUUCGGCAAUUAUUCAUACGAAUCGUUUUCAAAAUUAUCACACUUACCAUCAGGCUCGGCGCGGAAGUUCCGGUGGCAGUGGCACAGCGACACCGACAUCAACCACCAGCACCCACAUGGGAGGCGGAAGCGCCCUAACGCGGCGUAGACCUGCCAGUGCCAGCGUCAGCUCCUCCUAUGGCCGCAGCACCCGCACCCAGCCGCUCCACGGAGAAAUGCCGAAGAAAGUGACUGCGGAUGGGCCAAGGAAAGUGAGCCUCAGUAAACAGUUCUCCCUGGAUCGUCCGGCGGCGGGACACGCCUGGACGACAACGGCACCGGUUUCCAAUAGUAGUCGGAUGACAGCUGCCGGUGGGACAGCAUUAGCAGGAUCUGGUAGCGCGAGAGCAACCAUCAGCACCAGAACCACUGAUAACGACGACGAUAUUCAAAUUAUCGACGAUUUUCUUGGUGGAUACGGUGAUCGCAACAAUUACAGUAGUUCUAGUGGUGCUGGCAACGGGAACGGAUUUGCGCCCUUCGAUCGGAGGAUUAUGGCACCGCCUCACGCCGUCGAAGGACAUGGGAAGAAAAACCACGCCAAACCGAGCGAUCAGGGCGAAAAACCGUUAAACCAGGGCAAGGAUUCGCGCAUCAACAUCAAAAUCUUCCUUGGCCAAUCCGUCACCCAGCAAGAUUCGUCCGACAACGGAAUUAGUGACACGGAAUGUUCAACAACAGCAACAACAACAACAACAGCACAGCGACAGCAAACAGCUCGCACCAACACCUCUGACAACACCACCAAUCGCCAACACCAUCAACAGAAUGAACAACAACAACAGCAACGCAACCAUGGACCUUAUCAAGCACAACAACAAAUCCACCAAUACAAUCAACAACAACAGCAGCAACAGCAGGGCAAUCAAAAGGCGGAAACGGAAAAUUCGGAAGGGGAUAACAAGCCUAUAGCAAAGCUCGCUGGCUCCACUACUUCAAGCCAAGCCACACCAGGAACUCUUAACUCCGGUUCAUCAGCAUCAUCUUCAACGCCAUCAUCUUCGUCUACAUCUUCCGCGGGAUCAACAACACCGGCAGCAGCACCAACUUCCGGUAGCACCCAAAGUGGCCGUAGUUCUUCGUUGGCCCAGCGCCGUGCCCAAUUUCACGCCAAUCGCCAAUACACACUAACCACUUCCGAUCGAAGGCCACCCCUGGUGCGGGCUAUGUCCGCACCGAUUCGACCGGUAGACGAUAACUCAAAGUUCCUACAGAGCAGCAAGAAGAAACUCCGGAAGAAGAGAGCUUUGCGUGAACGUGACGAGCUAUACGAGUGCGAUGAGGACGACUUCGACGAGGAUACCCUUCGGAACAACGCAGUCAACAACGGGAACGGGAAAAACCAUCCGGCAGCACUUCCACCCGGUUCCCGGGCCCGUUCCGUCCUAGGGACGACGACAACGACGACGACGGCCUGCGACAUCGAAACGCUCGUAUCGUUGCUGAGCAGCGGAGGAAGCGACUCCGAGAAGGAGGACACGGUUCCGCCGGAUUUGGACGGUCCUAACGCGAUCGGAACAUCGGCACUCAAGUGCAAAGCCCCAAUGCUGAAGAAAUCUGGAAAAUCCGUUUCAUUCCAAGAGUCGGAUCUAAAGCCACCGGUUUCCCUGAAUCGGGACUACUAUCCGACGGGUCAGCACCGGAAGCCGCCAUCGCUGCAACCGAUUGCCAAUCGAAUCAGGAGGAGCCAACAGUUGGCGAACACCUUGAGCGCAUUCCAGCGGAAGGAGAUCAAGAAAAGCCCCAGCGAAGAAAGCAAAUCGGACGAAGACAAGGACCACCCAAGCAGUGGCAGCGACGACCCAAUUCCGAAGGAGAAAUCAUCUACAACUAGCACUCCCAGCAAUAAUAGCACUACCACUACAAAACCCUCGAAUGGUUCAUCGACGGUGUCAGGACAGCAGAAACAGCAGCAAAACGGAUCCACUGAUCUGUCAACGACGACGACGGGAGAUGGCCAAACACCGAAAGAACGCGAAUGUUAUCGGCUUUUCCAGAAGAUGGCGACCAAGGGCCUCUCAGUAUCGUACGAUACCAUCCUGCGGGGCAUGUUGACCCCAACGGAACUCAGGGUGCUUCAAAAACAACGCUCCAAGCUGGAGAAACAACAGGAGUCCUCUCGACAGAACAGUAGCGAAACCGAGAAUAACGGCAGCAAUAGCGAUAGCAAUAGUAGCAACAAUAAUAACAUUACCAAUAAUAUUAGUGACAGAAGUGACACGAGACCGAUAAAUGUCUCAACGAUAGAGUUGAGUGGACCACCAAUUGGAAUGACGAUUCCGGUGUCGGUUCCGGUUUCGGUUGAGCAACAAUAAUAAGUUUCAGCUGUAGGAAAAAAGUUGAACAAUAUUUAUUUGAUUUGUUACCAUGCGGCAAACCCACUGUGAUAGGAAAAGUAGGCCGACCAUUGAGUUAAAAAAGUGAUAAAAACGUUAAAAUCAUUUAAAAGUAGCAGUGCACUGAUUACUGGCACACAAGCACAUAUCAGAAAAGUACCGAAAAAAAACCUAAUAGGUGUAGGUAUCAGCAGAGAAAAGAGUUUAUCGAAUGUUCGAAGUUUUGUGGAAACAGAUGGUUUAGUUUUUUACCGGUUUGGACAAAGUUGCUGUUAGAUCCGCCAUCGAUUAAGUAUCAUCAUUAGGUAUCACAUGUUUAGUUUUUUCUCCGUUGAAUUGUUAAUGCUUUUAGCGAUGUAGGUGAAAUAAAGUUAUUGCAAUAAAAGGUGAUUUAAGCAA